CAAGUCUUUAUGGUUGGACCGAAUGUCACCUUACAUAAAAUCCCUCAGCUCAACACAAAAAAUGCUUCUAUAGACAUUGAUCUCAUUGGGAUUGCCAAGAAAAACUAUGGAUCAGCUGCUGUGGCUUUCAUAAGCUUCACCACAAUAGAGAACCUACUGAAACCAGACUUCUUCAACACAUCAGAUGAUACAGUUAAAACCAUGAUGUCCACUGUCAUCUCAGCUACUCUUCCUAAAACCACCAACAAACAGCUCACGAAACCAGUCAACUUCACCCUCAAACACAUCAGAGAGUUUGUAUCUGGAGGAAAUCUUUCCUGUGUGUACUGGAACAUCACUGAGUGGAUUGUAGAUAAUUGCUCUGUUGUUCAAACCAACAGCAGCCACACCGUGUGUUCAUGUCUUCAUCUGUCAACAUACGCUCUCAUCAUCGAAACCAACAGGCCACCAAAGGAUGAUCCUCUGAAGGAGUUGGUGAAUGUGGUGUUUGUUAUCGUGGGUCUGGUGUUUACUAGUUUGGCUCUGUUGACUUUUGCUUUCUGUCGAUGGAAACCUGGAGUGAACAAUGUAGCUCGAAUCAACCUCUGCAUCAGUCUGCUGUCUGCUCAUCUUCUGUUCUUACUCACACAACAAUUCAUCAAACUCAUUAAACCUCACAAGGAGUUGUGUGCUGUGAUAUCAGGAGUUCUUCACUUCUUCUUUCUCUCCUGCUUUGUGUGGAUGUUCAUUGAAGCUGUGCUGCUCUUCAUCUGUGUGAAGAACCUAUCACAGAUCAGCUUCAAACUUAAGGCGGUGCUUAGCCGCAGACUCUUAAUUGUGAUUGGAUAUAUGAUUGCUGCAGUUAUAGUGGGCGUGUCUGCUGGAGUGGUUCCUGAAGGCUAUGGCAGUGAACAAUGCUGGAUUAAACAGGAGAAAGGCUUCAUCUGGAGUUUUCUGGGACCUGUUUACUUCAUUGUUGCUAUAAACACGAUUCUCUUCAUCAGUAUCAUCAUCAGUCUGAACUCAACUCUCAAAAACCUCAACGCUGAAGUUUCAAGGAUGAAACAAACUAAGAUUAUGGUUUUUAAGACUCUGGCCCAAUUUGUGAUUUUUGGUUGUCCCUGGAUUCUGGGUUUAUUCAUUAAUACCAAUCAGAUGAUGGAGAUUCUCUUCCUGAUCCUGAACUCACAGCAAGGAACCUUCAUCUUCCUGGUCUACUGUGUCCUCAAUAAUGAGGUCAGACAGCAGUAUGUGAAGUGGUUGAGAGCUCUCUUGCCUGGACACAAAAGCAGAACUUUUCUCAUUAUCUCUGAACCAUCAAAUAUGACCUCGAAGAACACUACAUUGAAUAAACUAGAGUGAAUGAAUGAUUUUUUUUAUUUCAAGGUGCAAUCCCUUACAUUUGUCCCAAAAUUUGAAAUCUAUCAUACCAAAUAAUUUUAGGUACAAUGCGCAGUUUGUCCUGGGGUGGCAGCUGUUAGUGUUUUUAUGCUAUUGUUUUGUUUUACUGUGCUUCUCUGUCAUAAAUAACUGUUAUGCUUUUCUUUAAAUUUCCUCUAUUAUACUAGAUAAAUACAUAAUAUAUACUAUAAUACAAUUUGGAUAGAGUGGAUCGUGUUCUCAAUUAACAUGCUGGUGCCUUAAGAUCGAACCCAGGGUCAAGCAUUCCAGUCCACAUUGGUACAAAAAUUAAAAAAAUAAAUGUUUUUGUUUAUUAACUGUUUUCACAGCUGUAUGACAAUGUGAGCUUGGC